ACCCUCCGCCCCACUCCACCCUCCGCCUCCAGUGCGCUCGCAGCGAUGUCAUGGCUCGCACGCUCCAUCGCGGCGACCCUCUCCUCCGCCCCCUCCGAUGACGACGACGACGACCACUCCGAGGCAAACUCCGGCGACAAGACCCCGGAUCACGCCGCCGGCGCUGACGCCGAGGAGGACGAGCAGCCGGACACCCCCAGCCGUGGAGUCAAGGGAGACAUCUCCGAGCUGACGGAGUCCCUCACCCGCCGCUUCUGGGGCGUCGCCACCUUCCUCGCUCCGCCUCCGGCCGAGGCCGAGGCGGCGGAAGCGGAGGCGGAGGAUGAGGCUCAGUCCCCGCGGGUUGCCGGGAUCCGCAGCGACCUCGCGGAGAUCGGGGGCAGGGUCAGGAGCGGCAUCUCCAUGCUCUCGAACGCCAACGCCGUGGCGGAGAUCUCCAAGAUCGCGUCGUCGUUCCUGCCUUUCGUGCCCGAGGAAGAGGAGGAGGAGGUCGAGGCGGUGGGUGUGACGGAGGAGGUGGUGGUGUUCGUCAGGCACAUCUCCACGCAUCCCGAGACGUGGCGCGAUUUCCCCCUGUUCGUCGACGACGACCGGCACGCCGAUGAUUUUGAACUGUCAGAUACACAAUAUGAACAUGCAUUGGCUAUUGAGCGUAUCGUACCAAGCUUGUCAUAUCUCAGGACUGAGCUUUGUUCUAGUAAUAUGAGCGAAGCAUGUUUCUGGAAGAUCUACUUUGUGCUUCUUCACUCAAAACUCCGCAAGCAAGAUGCUGAACUUCUCUCAACUACACAAAUCCUGGAAGCAAGAGAAGAGUUGUUGCAAAGCUCCCCGAGGAUGAAAAAGCUAGGAUCCCAGGGGCCUGGGGGCUCAUCAGAAAACAAGGAUACUCCAUCUACCCAAGCUGAAGAUACAGAGUUGUCAGCGUCAAGCAUCCAAUACAAGAGUGGGUUGUCUGAAGCAACAACGUUCCAAGAACCAACUCCUGACCCUUUGCCAGGUGUUGAGGCCAUCAAACAUCCUAUUUCAACCAGCGAGUUGGACAUAGUUGACAAGUCUGUAAUUGAAGAAGUGCUGGUGGUGAAAAAUGAGAUGAAUAUAUCUGAGAAGCCUAAGCUUUAUACCCCAGAGGAUGACGACGAUAAAGAAGUGGAGGAGUGGCUAGAGGAUAUGGACCAUGUGUCCAGCAAAUCAGGCAACAUCACUUCUGCUGGGCAUGAUGAAGAUGAGGAUGUGUCAUUCAGCGAUCUGGAGGAUGACGAUGAUGGUUAAGGGAUGGCUGGUAAUGAAGGAUGCCCACAGUCAGCUCGUGGCCUUGUGUCAAUUACAUAGGCUGUGGCAUCAAGAGAAAAACUCAGCUGUCAAGGAUCAUAGCUUGCAUAGAUAUUACAGCUUGAACAGCGUGGUAGUAUAAUCACGGCAGGUUAUAUCUUUGGGUUUUUUUUUUCUUGAUUCUAGUUGUACAAUUUACUUAUGUGUCGUAAUUGUCUGUACAUAGAAACCAGUACCUGACGCUGGUGUGUAACUACCACUGCUGCUCUGCGCCGACGCUGUGAUUCUGAAUGUAGAUACCACAGUACAA